CGGGUGUUUACAUCCUGGGGACAGAGUGCGCUAGACCAAGUUUCUUCAAAGGGAGAAACUUCGACAGUGCUCUUCUCACACCGCAGUAUUUGUUGUGUGUGUGUUUUUCUUUCUGAGGAGGGGGUGCGCCCGGACAAAAGGAGGACCAAAUGCAAAGCUUGGAUUACGAGGAGGUGGCGAAGAAAAGAAGAUGCAUGAGUUGGAAAUGGGUGGCGGUCAUCGUGGCUGGGUUGCUGGUCGCUGUGGGGCUGGCCGUGGGGCUGGGAGUGGGUCUCAGCAAUCGGACUGACGGAUGUGAAGUGGAGGGCGGCGGCGGCGGCGAUGGUGGUGGUGGCACCACCGUCAGCCCGGGCUCCCCAUCGCCAUCCACGCCGCCUCCCGGGCCCUGCCCCCCCAGCUUGGAGUCGGGUGGCCCGUGGGAUAACUUUCGCCUCCCCGACUACAUCGAGCCGACCCACUACAAGCUGGAGUUGAAGCCGGACCUGGAGCGCGGGUUCUACAUGGGCACCAACGUGAUCCACAUCCGCACGACCAGAGCCACCCGUUACCUGUGGCUGCACAUUAAGGCGUCCCGGGUGACCGAGGCACCCAGCCUGCAGCUGGCGGGCAACUCGUCCGAGUUCCGCCCGCUGCCUCUGCGCCGCUGCUUCGAGUACAAGCGUCACGAGUACCUGGUGCUCGAAGCCGAGCAGGAGCUGCCCGCCACCGGCACCGGGGAAUUCUAUCACCUCACCCUGAAGUUCGAGGGCAGUCUCCUUGGCUCGCUGGUCGGCUUUUACAAAACCACUUACGUGGAAGGUGGAGUCACCAAGAGCAUUGCAGCUACAGACCAUGAACCAACAGAUGCACGAAAAUCUUUCCCAUGUUUUGACGAACCUAACAAGAAAGCGACAUACACCAUCUCUUUAAUACAUAAUGUGAUGUAUCAAGCACUUUCAAACAUGCCAGUUGAGAAAGUGGAAUCCUUGGGUGCUGACCAGAAAAAAACUAUAUUUAAAACAUCUGUUCCAAUGAGUACCUAUUUGGUCUGUUUUGCUGUUCAUCAGUUUGUGCAUGAGGAAAGGAUAUCAUCAAGAGGAGUCCCACUGAGAAUUUAUGUCCAGCCUGAACAGAAUAAGACAGCAGUUUAUGCAGCAGAUACAAUGAAAAAUAUAUUUGACUACUUUGAACAAUAUUUUAACAUGAAUUACUCACUUCCUAAAUUAGAUAUGAUUGCCAUCCCAGACUUUGGUACCGGUGCUAUGGAAAACUGGGGACUGAUCACCUACAGAGAGACUAACUUGCUGUUUGAUAAAAAUGAAUCCUCCUCAUAUAAUCAGCAACGGGUGGCCUCAGUUGUUGCCCAUGAACUUGUUCACCAGUGGUUUGGAAAUAUUGUGACCAUGGAUUGGUGGGACGACUUGUGGCUGAAUGAAGGAUUUGCCAGUUUCUUUGAAAACAUUGGGGUAAAUGCUACUGAACCUGAUUGGUUCAUGAUGGAUCAGAUUCUUGCAAGUGAUGUUUUGAGUGUAAUGGCUGAUGAUGCUUUGUUAUCAUCUCAUCCAAUCAUUGUUAAUGUAUCAACACCAGCAGAAAUUACUUCUGUGUUUGAUGGCAUAUCAUAUAGUAAGGGUGCAUCAAUUCUCCGUAUGCUGCGUGAUUGGAUUACUCCAGAGAAAUUUCAGCAGGGUUGCCAGAAAUACCUCCAGGAUCACCAAUUUAAAAAUGCAAAGACUGAUGACUUCUGGCAAGCCCUCACUCAGGUCAGUGGUUAUCCUGUAAAGGAAGUGAUGGAUACGUGGACACGGCAAAUGGGUUUUCCUGUACUAAAUGUUGAAUCAAUCUCCAAGCUCACACAGAAACGCUUCCUGUUAGACCCUGGAGCAAAUGCAACUCAGCCUCCUUCAUCUCUAAAUUAUCGAUGGAAUAUCCCCAUAAAGUGGCACACAAAGAAUGAACAAAAUGAAACAUUUUUUAAGUCCAGUUCAAACAGUAUUAAUUUGAAGUAUGACCCAGCUGAUGGAUUACUGAAAAUAAACACAGAUCAUGUUGGAUUCUAUCGUGUGCAGUAUGAAGCAUCAACCUGGGAUGAAAUCAUCAAUCAGCUGAUAAGGGAACAUAACUUCUUUUCAGUUGCUGAUCGUACGGGAUUAAUUGAUGACACAUUUUCACUUGGAAGAGCAACUCUAUUAAACUAUUCUGUAGCCUUAAACAUGACAAAAUAUUUGGAGAAUGAAUUAGAAUAUUUGCCUUGGUCGAAAGCGAUUUCAUCCAGUGCGUAUAUUCGGGACAUGCUGCAAGGUGAUGAGAUUCUUUACGCAAAGUUUCAGGACUAUUGGAGGAAGCAAGUUAAACCCAUUACAGACAAACUCGGUUGGAAAGACGAAGGCACCCAUUUGAACAGGUUAUUGAGGGAAGAUGUUUUGAUGCUUGCAUGCCGGACGGGAGAUGAAGAAGCAUUAGCAAAUGCAUCUAAACUAUUUAACACAUGGUUGGCAGGAGGACAUAUACCACCAAAUCUGCGUAUGAUUGUCUACCGUUAUGGGAUGCAAAAGUCAGGGAAUCUGACUUCAUGGGAAAUUAUGUUUAAGAAGUACCAGGAAACGACCCUUGCUCAGGAGAAGGACAAGCUUCUGUAUGGAUUGGCUUCAGUGGAGGAUGUUUGGCUUUUGGACAGAUUCUUAAAAUAUAUUAAAAAUGAAAGUCUCAUUAAGAGUCAGGACGUGUUCACUGUUCUCCGGUACAUUUCGUACAACAAGUAUGGGAAAACUAUGGCCUGGGAUUGGACACGACUCAACUGGGAAUAUUUAGUGGGAAGAUACACAAUUACGGAUAGAAAUCUCGGACGUCUAGUUUCAAGAAUAACCAGUUCAUUUAACACCGAGCUCAGUUUGUGGCAGAUGAAAGAUUUCUUUGCAAAAUAUCCAAACGCUGGAGCAGGAGAGACGCCUCGUAAACAAGCCCUUGAAACGGUGCAGACAAAUAUAGACUGGCUAAAAAACAACAAGGCUGAAAUAGAACAAUGGCUGCAGAGCAAUGUGUAAUAUUGGGAGCACAGUACCCUCCAUCUAAACACUAUAAAUUUAUACCAACAGCUUUCAUGUUGGCUUUAAGAAACAAUGUCAAUUGUAUUUUUACUAUUGUGCUUGAAGAUUUAAUAUAUGGAAAAGAAUGACAUUUCUUCUCUUUUCCUAAAGUACGUCUUUUUAUUGUUUCGAUUGCGGUCUGUGUUGCCCAUAUAGUUUGUGAAAGAAUUCAGGUGCCAUUUUUUUUCUUGCCGUGCCUUAUAAUGAGUGUUUACAGUUCAUGUAACUUAACUGGAAUAAGCCAUGCAUUGUCAUCUUUGCAACAUGUACAACAAAGAAAGAAAACUACUGUUGUAAAGGUGAGUUUUAAAUAAAUGAAUUGUGAAGAUUUUA